CUGAUGGCCAUACAGUGGCUGCUUGGUGGUCACCCCGUCUACGUUGUCAGUACCUGCAAAUGGAGUCGUGCAGCGAGCAUCAUGAUGUAUCACCUGUUGCUGAAGACAGUAAACACACAAAUGUCAGCAGGUGUCUCACACGGUCAGCCUUACCUCCUGCAGUAUGACCUUGAUGAUGGUGAAGACGUGGAGAAGGCCGUCAACGACUUGUCACAGGAGGCGAGCGGAGGGUCGUUGUACGUCAUCGCUGAUGAAGCGGGGCCUGAUUGGAUGUUACGACACUUCAAGACUUUCUGUGACAAGCUGCUGAGACAAGUUUCUGGUCUCCAUCUUUGGGCGGCAAGUUGUUUCUUUCGAGAUGCAACCAGUGACGACUGGCAAGUGGAAUAUUUAACCAGACCACUCCGCUCUCCGCCCGCCGUGGUGAAGGAAGUCGAGAAGGACAGGUAUAUCGCUGAACACCAUGAAGUUAUGAAGUACAAAGAGCGAGGUGUGCCCGACCACACAGACGGCCCGCCAGUCAUACGACUGUAUCAUCUAGGUCAGAGUCACGCAGGUCGCAGGCCACUUGAUUGUGUGACGUGCGGUCGUGAGGUGGCCAGCUUCCUACACAGUCUCCGUGUUGGUGCUACGGAAAAUAUCACUACAACAUCGAGACUCGACUGCACAACACCACCUUGCCUGCAGUGGAGAAACGUGGUGGUCCUUUGUGUAGUCAACGUUAGUGAGAACUCGGGUACGGUGAAAGGACUGAAAGAAGCGGGUAUCCCAGUGCGGGUGAUGAAGGAUGAGGACAUUGAAGACGUGGCCACGGCCCGCAGUGACGUGGUGUGGGUGACGCGUGGACAUUAUGUUCGUGGUCUGGAGAGAAAAGUUGUCGUCUGUCUGGUAGAUGUUGAUGUUAAUGCCGAUGUUCGACUUCAUUUCAUGUCCCGGUGUACGUCACAACUUGUGAUUGUCUCCCCUUACAACUAGUCGGCUUUUUUGCCCACCUAUCACCUGUUGUAGACGUUGUCUCUUUUACACCAACACCUUUCUUCAGUUUGUUCUUUUUUCUUCUUCUCUCAGUCUAUCUUGAAAUCACCACAUAUGACGUAAUUAUAUUUGUCUCACAACAGGAGGUCCGUGUUUCUCUUGUCACAUCUCGUGUCACUAGUAUGAUCCCUCAUGAACAUUGUUUCUUAUUUACACAACAAAAUUAUGUCGACAUUAAUAUCAUAAUGACUACACACGGGGUAUUGUCAACACAGAAAAUAGUGUCACAAACAAUAUCAUAAGUUUUACAUAUCGGGGUUGUUCACAAGGCAAGUGCCACCAUCAAGUCGAUGUGUGCAAAGUUUUCUGUUGGGGGGCCGGUCUCAAAAUUUGAACCGGGCCGGUAAAAUACACAAAAAACCAAAACAAGUACACCACAUGUUAGCAGAGUUUUCCAAACCAUUAUCAAUGUCAUAUGGCCUACACACUGUGUUUUGUUUGUCUCAGGCUGAGAGUUAGGUACUAGAGUUAAUGUCACCACAUUGUAAAUAUUUAAUGAGUCUAGUUAAUUCCAAGCUCAUCUUGAUGAAAAUGUUUUGUGUGUGUGUGUGUUUUUGUGUUUGUGUCCGCUUGAAGUGUUUUUGCAUAGGUUUUGCCGGGCUUGUUUAUAUAUAUGUAUGAAAUGGCCUACUCAAGGUAUGUCAAACAUCUCUGAUGACGUGCACUCUAACCUAUCAUUUAACAAAUUAAUUUUUUAUGUGUAGACUUUGCACCACCUGUGACUUAUACAAAUAUUCAUCAUAGUAGCUUUUUCUACAUGAAUGUUCAACAUUAUAGAUAAUUGAAAAAGACACACAGCUACUUACAUUUUCUGAUAUGUAUCAAUAGACACAGUCUAGCCGAUCUCUUAUCGAACUGUCUUUAGCAGCUUUACUACAUGUAGUUUAUUUUAGCUAAUGAGAUAGUGAGAUAGUCACUAUUAGAGGCUGGAGUUUAGCAGGAUAAAAACUUCGUAAUCUUACUUCGAUCAUUCGAUCCUGCUGUUAAGAAAAUAUUACCUGAAAAAAUAAAACAGUGACUCUAAGCCUUCCGAUCUAUAACAGUAUAUCUUUCAACAAAGAACAUCACAUAACAAGAUCGUGGUUAUAUUGCUAUGCAAAAGUUAUGUCCACGUUUUCUGCCAGAACAAAAUAUUCUUCUUUACUUAUUGAUAUGAUCACUGGCAUAAGUUGCAUCUAAUCAGAUAAGUUUUCUGCAUCACUGUGAUCCACUAUCAAUGUUUCAAUACAGCCACGACACAGACUACAGACACAGUUUGUCGUAACUGGGCAAUGAAGUAAAAAAAAAGCUGAUCAUAGUGAGGCAGUGCUGCUUGAGAUGGGACGGAACGUUGGCAACGGCGAUUGAAACAGUUAGCAGAUAAAGCAUAUGUUCUUAUUGGCAUCCUCUCUUUUUCUAUAACUCGAAAACAUUCUCUUAGAUAAAUAGCUUUGUAUUAUAGAUGAAUAAACCACAUACAUAUCAUGA